AUGGGGGACCUGCUUAUCCUCUGGGUGGCUGUGGGCAUAAGCUGUGCCACAUUCAGUUCCUCUGCCUGGUCAGUGAACAAUUUCCUGAUAACAGGUCCCAAGGCUUAUCUGACCUACACUACUAGUGUGGCCUUGGGUGCCCAGAGUGGCAUCGAGGAAUGUAAGUUCCAGUUUGCUUGGGAACGCUGGAACUGCCCUGAAAAUGCUCUCCAGCUCUCUACGCACAACAGGCUUAGAAGUGCUACCAGAGAGACUUCCUUCAUUCAUGCUAUCAGCUCUGCUGGAGUCAUGUACACCAUCACCAAGAACUGUAGCAUGGGCGACUUUGAAAACUGUGGCUGUGAUGAAUCAAAAAAUGGAAAAACAGGAGGCCAUGGCUGGAUCUGGGGAGGCUGCAGCGACAAUGUGGAAUUUGGGGAAAGGAUCUCUAAACUCUUUGUGGACAGUUUGGAGAAGGGGAAGGAUGCCAGAGCCCUGAUGAAUCUUCACAACAACAGGGCCGGCAGGCUGGCAGUGAGAGCCACCAUGAAAAGGACCUGCAAAUGUCACGGCAUCUCGGGGAGUUGCAGCAUCCAGACAUGCUGGUUGCAGCUGGCUGACUUCCGGGAGAUGGGAGACUACCUGAAGGCCAAGUAUGACCAGGCACUAAAAAUUGAGAUGGAUAAGCGGCAGCUAAGGGCUGGGAACAGUGCUGAGGGUGGCUGGGCACCCACUGAGGCCUUUCUUCCUAGCGUAGAGGCUGAGCUGAUCUUUUUAGAAGAAUCACCAGAUUACUGUACCCACAAUUCCAGCCUGGGCAUCUAUGGCACAGAGGGUCGUGAGUGUCUGCAGAACACCCACAACACAUCUAGACAGGAGCAACAUAGCUGUGGGCGCUUAUGCACUGAGUGUGGGCUACAGGUGGAAGAGAAGAGAACUGAGGCCAUAAGCAGCUGUAACUGCAAAUUCCAGUGGUGCUGUACAGUCAAGUGUGACCAGUGUAGGCAUGUGGUGAACAAGUACUACUGCACACGCUCCCCUGGUGACACUCUGGGUAAGGGAAGUGCCUGA